AAAAAAAAAAAAAAAAAACAAACCUCGAGAGCUCUUUCUCUCCUGCUCCUCGCUCGAACCAGCACAUUUACAAAGCUUGUGCCGGCGACGCAAUCAUUCUCCGGCGACAAUCGUUCUUAUCUCAGUCCACGCUUACUCUUCACCUCAGAAGUUUGAACCGGCGAUUGGAUCAAUUCGACGUGUCUGCGGCUUCUCGUUUGGUACACUUCUCCACCGACGGUGGCGCAUUUCCUCGCGGCUCUAAAUCUGGUAUCAGCACCAGCAAGUUCGCUCAAGGAGUUUACAAGAUCUCUCCGUCAUCAGUGCGGCUAGUCUUGCAAUCACGAGAGGCCGGGACCAUUUGGAGCACCGGUUCCAAACGCACGCCGCUGCUUACUUAGUGUUUUAGCAUAUUUUGCAUUUCUCUGAGGGAAUUAGUAAAGAGCUCUCAACCAAUACCUUUGCGAUCCCUCUUCCAUGGAUUUGAGGAGAUUCACAGUUAAAAAACCCAGAAGAAUUUUCACGCCAAUCAUUCACCCAUUGUCGUGGGUGACAUUCACUGCCCAACAACGCCUUCACAGCCAACAAAAAUACCCACAGUCACCAUUGCUGCCACUGGACCAACUGGAAUCUUGUAACCAUAGUUUGCUAAAAUGGGUAUCUUCUAUUCUCUCAAGCUCGUCUCUGGAUUCUUCUCAAUCUGCGAGGUUGUUUCUGAUCCGCUUAAUUGAUGGGAAGAUGCCUGUUCUAUUUUCAAAAGACCACCCCAAGAAUAGACUUAUGGAGGUUCCUAUUGAAAUGGCAGAUUUAAGUGCUUUUUUUGAGCCAGUUCAUAGAGUUCAUGUUGCCGACCUAGUGGUUCAUGUUUAUUGCGCUCAAUUCAAAAAUCUGGGCUUUGGUUUUGCAGCAGAUGUGUUUUUACUUUUGGCCAAGGCUGGUAUGUUUCCCUCUUUGAGGACUUGCAAUUUUUUAUUGAGUUCUUUAGUGAAGGCCAAUCAACUUAAAAGAAGUUUUGAAGUGUUUGAAACUAUGUCUAGUGGUAUUUACCCAGAUGUUUAUUUGUUUAGUACUGCAAUCAAUGCUUUUUGUAAGGGAGGAAGAAUUGAGGAUGCACUUGGGUUGUUCACGAAAAUGGAAAAGUUGGGUAUUGCUCCUAAUGUUGUUACUUACAAUAAUAUUAUUCAUGGGCUGUGCAAGAAUGGGAGAUUGGAUGAGGCAUUUUUGUUUAAAGAAAAGAUGGUAGAAAGAGGAGUGGAACUGAGUCUUUUUACCUAUAGCAUUCUUAUUAAUGGUCUAAUUAAAGCAGAGAAAUUCGAUGAUGCAAAUUAUGUUUUGAAGGAAAUGUCAGAUAAGGGUUUUGUCCUAAAUAAGAUUGUGUACAAUACUCUGAUUGAUGGUUAUUGCAGAAUUGGAAAAAUGAGUAGAGCACUGCAAAUAAAGGAUUAUAUGUUGUCCAAGGGGAUAACUCCGUGUUCAGUAACAUUUAAUUCGCUUAUUCAAGGUUUCUGUAAGAAUGGUCAAAUGAAUCAUGCUGAGCAUGUCUUAGAGGAAAUGCUAUCAAAAAAAUUGUCCUUAAACCGAGGUGUCUAUUCAUCUAUAAUUCAUUGGUUGUGCGUGAAUUCUAGGUUUGAUUCAGCACUUCAUUUUAUUAGAGAGAUGCUGUUGAGAAAUUUGAGACCCAAUGAUGGCUUGCUGACUACUGUGGUCCGAGAACUUUGUAAGAAUAAAAAGCAUUCAGAGGCAGUAGAACUUUGGUUUGAGCUCUUGGAGAAAGGUUUUGCUGCCAACACUUUAACCUCAAAUGCUCUGCUACAUGGACUCUGUGAAGCAGGUAAGACACAGGAGGCAUUUAAACUUCAUGAAGUGAUAUUAGAGAGGGGCUUGGUAUUGGAUAGGAUCUCUUACAACACACUUAUUUUGGGGUAUUGUAAGGACGGUAAAGUAGACGAGGGAAUUAAGCUUAGAGAAGAAAUGAUUAAGCGAGGUAUUCUACCUGACAUUUAUACUUAUAAUUCGCUUAUACAUGGCUUUUGCAAAACAAACAAAUUGGAAGAAGCUAUUAAGCUUUGGGAUGAGUGCAAACAAAAUGGUUCUGUUUUCACUGUUUAUACUUAUGGUGUCAUGAUAGAAGGAUAUUCUAAAGCUGGAAAGGUGGAAGAGGCUCAUAAAUUAUUUGAGGAGAUUGUUAAUAAAAGAUUGCAGCUAAACUCUGUUGUUUAUAACAUACUUAUUGGUGCCUAUAGUAAAAAUGGGAAUAUGACCACGGCCCUAAGACUUCGAGAUGACAUGAGAAGCAAGGACAUUAUGCCAACCUGUGCUACAUAUACUUCUCUAAUACAUGGAAUGUGCAACAUUGGCCUUGUUGAUAAUGCAAAAGACCUCAUUGGGGAAAUGAGGAAGGAUGGAUUAUCGCCCAAUGUUUUCUGUUAUACUGCACUUAUUGAUGGCUAUUGUAAGUUAGGCCAGAUGGAUAAAGUUGAAGGUGUCUUGCAGGAAAUGUCUUCAUAUAAUAUAUGCCCCAAUAAGCUUACCUAUACUGUCAUGAUUGAUGGGCACUGUAAAACUGGAAAUAUGAAGGAAGCUGCGAAGCUUCUAAAUGAGAUGGCCAAAAAUGGAAUUGUCCCAGAUGCCAUCACGUAUAAUGCCUUUAUAAGUGGGUUUUGCAGGGAAGGGAAGAUGGAAAAAGCUUUUGAUAUAUGUGAUGAGAUGUCAAAUAGAGGAUUUCCUUUAGAUGAAAUUACAUAU